AUGUCUCGAGGUAGAUCAGAAGCCGUUAGAGAAACUCGGUGGUCGGGGACACCUGCAAGAACAAAACAAUUUGGUCAUCUUAAAUUAGAAACAGUGAUUACAGGACAUUUGACACAGGAACAACUUGAUGCAUAUCAACACUUAUUUCGAAUAGAAGAAAUUUCAUAUUAUCUACGUACUGCUCAACAAGAACAUAAACUGAUCAUUGAUUUAUUGCCGUCGUCAACAGUAGAUUCAAGAGAAGUAAGAUACAAAAGAGAUCCUUCACCACCACCAAAAUAUGACAACCAUGGUAAUAGAAUAAACACAAGAGAACAAAGAAUUACAGAGGAAUUAGAGAAAGAAAGACAUGGAUUAGUGGAAACUGCGGCUGGAAGUAUCAAGGACUAUAUUGCACCUUCAGAGUAUAGGAAGCCAGCAAAAACUUUGGAAAAACUAUAUAUACCCGUCAAAGACUAUCCAGAGAUUAAUUUUGUUGGAUUUUUAAUUGGACCAAGAGGUAGGACAUUGAAAAGACUUCAAGAUGAAAGUGGAGCAAGAUUGCAAAUUCGUGGUAAAGGAUCAGUUAAAGAAGGUAAAUCAACAAGUGCAAUAGAGGAUAAACCAGGAAAUACAACAGAAUCAGUAGAAGAUGACUUACAUGUUUUAAUUACUUCAGAUUCUCAACAAAAAAUUGCAAAAGCUGUCAAAAUGUGUAACGAAAUUAUUGAAAAAUUAGUAUUUUCACCAGUUGGUCAAAACGAAUUGAAACGAGAGCAAUUAAAAGAGUUGGCUGUAUUAAAUGGUACUUUAAGAGAAACCAAACCUUUUGAUCCAGAAGCAUAUCAAAAGAAACAACAAAGAUCAUUAGACAUAACUAAAAUUGUUUGUAAAAUUUGUGGUAAAGUAGGGCAUUAUGCAAGAGACUGUAAGCAAAAUAUUGGACAAAACAUUAAUGACAACAGGGGAGCUACUGAUUCAUACACACCUGGGUCUUCCUCCAAUUCAGGUGAUUCGCAACCUUGGAAAAAACCAAGACUUGAAGUUCCAACACCGCCAUGGCAAGCUGCUUCGAGUUCAAAACCUCCCCCACCAUCUAUGACGAACAAUUUUCCUCCACCUCCACCGCAGGUAUCUCAAACACAUCCACCACCACCUCCUUCACAAUUACCUCAUACACAUGCUCCACCGCCUCCACCUUCAAGUUCAAAUUUUCAACGAAAUUCACCCGCCCCUUCAUCAAUUCAGAAACCUAAUUCACCAGUUCCUCCUCCACCCCAAAAUAGUAAGCCACCCCCACCUCCAACUCAAGAGUCAAAACCACAACCUCCACCUACUUCAGGAAAGAGAUGGCAAAGACCACCAGCACCCCCAUCUAAAUAA